UGAGCACUUCACUUUUAAUAGGGCAUCCUCCAUGCAACCUCAUGCCACCAUUGCCAUUUCGAGGAGAUUGCACAGAGCUGGUUGGGGGUUGCCUCUGGACCUGCUGGAGAGGGUGCAUCGUGUGAUGGAGGAGGAGAGCAACAAAUCUGAGCAUGAUAUCGACAUGCAAGAUAUUAUAGCGGUUGGUGGAGGAGGUUUUGGGAUUGGAGAAGACUCUGAUGAGGGAGUUUGUGAGCAGCCCAACAGUGGACAAGGGAUGGUGGCCAUUGGAGGGCUUGGAGCACUCAGCCUAAGGCUCAAGAGCAGGGGGGAGGAUGGGCCCACCAUUGCAGGAGGGUGGUUGAAGUUGGAGAAGGAUUGGGUGGACGAGGACUUGGAGGGUGACACAACGAAUGUCACAUAUGUCGGUGAUGACGAUGAGGUCGGUGGAACGGCCACUCGUUCUCCUACAGGCAACACCAACGUUGCUCUUGCUCCAUCUACUACGAUGUCGGCAUCUAUGCAGAGGUUGGGGGAGGUAGAGGAGGUUGCAGAGGGGGACGAGGUUGAGGAUGUUGCGGAUGCGGAGGAUGAGAGUGAUGAGGAUGAGGACGACGUUCCAGGCGAUGAGUGGGUGGACAAGAGGUCAGACUCCGAGAGAUCGUGAACGAGGAGGGAGGAGAUCCAUCCAUAUGUGUUGGGCGCACACUUCAGUGAUCGAUUGAGAGACUAACAUGCACAGAGGGAGC